CGUACCCAGGAUGCACUUCGCUCUUGCCAUCUUGUCGAGCGGCGGGCAGCAGCUAGCCGCCUGUUAGCCUGUUAGCCUGUUAGCCUGUUAGCCGCCGCUGUGGUGAACUCGUUAUCUGUCAGCUAGCCUGCUAGCAGCAGCUGCCAAAAGUGAGCUGUCCGCACGGCGAGAGGCAAAACUUCACCGACUUUCAGACCGUUUUUUUCCCCCUCUGUCCGCCACUGGAUUAUAUCCUCUUUUUUCUUUUUCUUUUGAAAAGCCAGUGGAUUUGUUUACAUCAUGAUGUCGCACAUGCUGGUGCCGAGGUAGGGGAAAACUAGCUACCAUCAGCUAACUCAGCUAGAAACACAUAGAUAGCUGAGAAGAAGAAGAAGAAGAAGAGUGGGCUACGAGACCGGGCCCGCCUCAGACUAAAGUACCGGUGGCAGCUGCUGAACAAGAACUUUGACAAGGGCCUGUUUGCAACUCCGCUGCCGGGACAAAAGGAAGGCCGUCCGGGUGUCAGAGAAACAGCCGGACACCGCGCAGCGUUUCGGGACUUUCGCAGGACCUGGCCCCCGCGGUUGUGACACUUUACUCAGACAAGAGAGGGGAAGAGGAGCGGUAUGGGAAUGUCCUGUGACGGUACGUGUCUGUGUCAUAUCCCUCGACUGUGAAAUUACUUCGCAAGACAUUUAGUCUCAGCGCUUCGUUUUCAUCUGGGAGAAGACAGACUUGACGCAGAUAGUCAACAUGUCGAAAAUGCCAGCGAAGAAGAAAAGUUGUUUCCAGAUCACGAGUGUAACUCAGGCUCAGGUGGCGGCCAGCAGCAUCACCGACGACACCGAGAGCCUGGACGACCCGGACGAGUCUCGGACGGAGGACGUGUCGUCGGAAAUAUUUGACGUUUCUCGGGCAGACAUGGGUGUGUGUGAGAGGAGCUCAUCCGAGGAGACCUUAAACAACAUCGGGGAGUCUCAGGAGGGACAGCCGCCUACCACGGGUCCUGUCAACGGGGGUCUCUCUUAUAAAAGUUUUGGCACUGGUCGUGUCACCCCACAUAAUUUAGGAGGAAGUGUGCCCGUGCCAGCUACAGCUCAACCCUUUGUUUCAAACUCAGCCACCCAUCCGUCGACAGUCACCAGUUCAGUCCCUGCUGCCACUGUCUCCACCAGUGUGGCUCCCACUCCUCCUGUGAGCACCAGCUGUAGUUCCCGUUUCAGGGUCAUUAAACUUGACCAUGGUACCGGAGAGCCCUUCAGGCGGGGCAGGUGGACAUGCACUGAGUUCUAUGAGAGAGAUUCGGAUUCAAACGUUAAUCGAACUGUGGAUAGCAUAAAGCCGACCGUAGUCCUUGAUCACAGUAUAGACAGGGACAGUGGUCUAGGGGCCACCAUUAACUCUGUGGUCACUAGCAGUGCUUUUUCUGCACAGGCUUUGGAGAACACCACAGACAGUGGUUACUCCGCCGCCGCCGCCGGGCACCCCGCCCACCCCCACCCUUCAGAGCCUUUGCAUCAAGGCUACAGCGUGGCUCCUCAGAUAGGGAGCGGGGCAAGUGCCUUCCAGCCCACAGGGUAUACAACUAUAGCAUCACAGCAACCACAACCGGCUCAAGUCAAUAUGCAGCCUGUUGCUCCCCAAACCUUCCUCUCUAACAGCCUCAAUGGUGUGCACCAAGGUGCCAUGCAGCAGAAGUCUCCCAUUAUGCCUCCUGCCACGCAGGCCCAGCAGUUUGCCUAUUCUCCUCAUCCCACUGGCCUCUCAGCUGGCCAGCCGGACUAUCGUCAACAGCACUUUGGCUCAAGCACUCAGAACCUUCCCAUGUCUGCCCUCCCCGUGGGGCCUCCAACCAGCCAGAUACCUUCACCUCUAAUCAUCAGUGCUGGUCCAGGAGCCCAGGGGCUGGGUGGAGAGGCAGGCUCAGCCCAGGGUCCCCUGCUACAAGUGGGCAAUGCACCAGCCAUGGCCACCGUCCUUUCAGGAAGUGGCCAACAGCAGCAUGUCAGCCAGACACAGCCUUCAGGAGGAAUAGGCAUUGCCCUUGCACCUUCCGUCACCACCACCGCCUCACACAGUGGUGUCCAGAAUGCGCCUGCCACAGUGCCCAGUACCACCAACACCCCUCCGAUUGGAGCACUUGUCCCGCUCCAGGGAGCCCACGGAGGAGCCACAACAGGCCUUCCCUCCGGCUUCAACAUCCAGGCAGAAGAUAGUAGGCAGAAGUCUGACGCCCUACCUCAGCCCAGUGCCGGUGUGGUGCCAGGGAAAGAUGGUGUAAAGCCUUUCAUUGGUGAAGGCCUCAACCUGCCCACUCCUGCUGUCAACAGCCUGUUUGGCAUCCAUAUUACCAUGAAUGUGGAUGAUGACAGUGCAUCUGGUGCCAGCGUGGUCGCCAUCGAUAACAAGAUUGAGCAGGCAAUGGACUUGGUGAAGAGCCACCUGAUGUAUGCUGUUCGUGAGGAGGUGGAGGUGUUGAAGGAGCACAUCAAGGAGCUGUACGAGAGGAACUCAGUGUUGGAGCGCGAGAACGCUGUGCUGAAGUCACUGGCCAACUCGGAGCAGCUUGGCCAGCUCACCAAUCAGCUCACCAGUCAGCUCUCCCAGGGCAGCAGCACAUCGCCGCCGCUGCAGCAGCAACAGCAGCACCCGCUCGUCAUAAACAACAACACCCCCUUGGCGCACCAAGAGGGGAGUCAGAGUGUCCCUCAUCAGCCCAACAUCACGUCGGCGUGAUCCCCCUUCCCCCAAUACACACGCUCAAACACAUACCACCCAUGGACAGGAGUGGAAGAUCCUAUUAGUAAAGACAACAACUGCUACCGUCCCCUUAGCUCCAUAAAGCAAAAGGCUCGGCUCUGCGUUCAAUAUGCUCCAUCUGAGGAAAAAUCCAACAACAGCGACAUCUUUGUUUGCCACCAAGAGCCAUGCUUCAGUGUGUGCACGUUGCCGUCACCAGGCCUUCGCAUUAUUAAGACAUUUACCACCCCUUGAAAAGUCUUAUUCUGUCCCCGCAGUUGGCUGCAGGAAAGCUGAAAAAGAAAAGGGGGGUGAAGUGUGUGGGGGAGGGGGGCUGGUGCACAUCAUAAAACUGCAUGUUGUUCUUGUGCAGGAGACGGGGUCAAAGCUUGCAGAGAGCUUGAUUUGUUGGGGCAACAAGUGGUAGAGGACUGUGCAACUCAGAGAGGGACCUGAUGACGGUUCUGUAACAUCAAGCAGGGACUGUCCUUCAGGUAUCCCCACUCCAUAUUACUCUCAGGCCCGGAAGAGGCCAGAGAACAGAGGGGGAGGGCAGGUGGGGGGAGAGGAUUCAUCCUCACUGAGCGGAGGAGGAUGCCAGAGGGUGUAUCGGCUUGGGUUGGGCGAGUCGAGAGCCUCUGCUUUGUUAUAUGCUGCAACAAAAGCUUGUGUUGUUUUCUCAGAGCCACCGUACUUUGACAUGAAUCAUAAUACUUUUUUUUUUUUUUUUUUUUUUUCAUUAGUUCAGUUUUAGUAUUUGCAUUUAUUUAUUUCAGGGCUGCUAUUUUCAUAAUGUAAAUGAACAAUGUCAUGGAGAUACUUAUUAAAAACAAAAAAUAAACCUUUCUCUUUGGUCUUUUGGUAUUUUAGAAUCUGUCAGGUAUUAAAUUUGGUAGUCUCUUGCAACAAGUAGAUCUCAGUAAGUAGGCAAUAAGUUCAACAAUAGAAAUUUUUCUUCACAUGCAAACACUAAAGCCAAGCUUACAUUAGGUGAAAUCCAGGUUGAAUGUAUAUUUUGUAAAGUGUAAAGUAUUAAGAGCAUGGAGGGUUUGUACAGGAGAACGCCUGUUGUUAAGAUGUGAUGGGAUGUUUCGAUAAAGACAAAUAUUAAUUUUCUUUUCUUUUUUUUUUUAAGACUUUAUUUGUCAAAAUGAAAAAAAUAAAAUAAAUUGGGGGUUUGGUUGGGGGAUGAAAAGCUGUGAAAAUUGUUCAACCUACUUUAUAACCAAAGACGCAAAGCUGUGUAAGUCUUUUUUUUUUUUUUCUUUCCCCCCAUUUUUAAAUGCACAUUCAUACCUUUUUUUUCUACUUUCUCCUUACCUAUAUAUUUUUUUUGUCGCUGUUUUGCAUGUCCUGCAUGAUCUAUAAUCAAACCACUUUCUUACCUCAUGUUUUUAUCUAGCACUCUUUAUUUUUCUGUCAAGUUGUCAGUCUGUGAAUGAUUGUGAAAGGAUUCAUGAAAGCGAAAGGGAACAAUGAGCAGAGAGGGUGGAGUAAGUAGUCAAGGGCAAGAAUAAUAAUAAAUAAAAAUAUGAAUGGAAAGGUGUUUGUGUUGGAUAGAGGGAAGGGAGCCAUCUUUUUUGUUUUUCAUGUAAAUGCUGUGUUGAAUUUCAUAUGCAGAGAAAAGGUUUUGUUACAUUGCAGAUUUUAAUGUAUUUAAUGAACGCAGCAUUUAGAUUUCGAUUGUAGUGUACCAACACUUCGCUUACAAACAAAAAAAUAACGAGACAACAUUGGAAACUAUUAAACAUUUCACACUUUAAAGCUGGAACCCGGUCGAUUGCGUGUGAGUAUAUUAUGGGAUGUCCUGUCUGUGUCACGUCUUCUGUGCCUCCUGUGCCGUCGUCUGCUUUCGUCAGGCGAUUCGGUUUCUUUCUCUGUGGCUUAGAACCAAACCAAAAUGCUUGGUAAUUGUACAAUCAGUCAUCCUUCUACUUGAUGGAGAUGGACUUUUUGAUUUCUUUUUUUUUUUUUUUGGGCUUAUUGCUUCUCACUUUAGAGUUUUUUUUUUUGUUUUUCUUCUUGUUUUUCUUUCGUUUGAAGGAGAUGCCGUGUACAUGCCAAGUGUACUGUAUGAAAGUGAUCACUGAGCCUUGGAGAAAAUAUCUUAACAAUGCCCUUGUAAUGUGCUGUUCAGACGAUUUUAGUUUUCGGUCAAAAAUAAAUUACUGUUUUAUUAAGAGAA